GCCGCCCAGAUGAGCGGCCAAAGUUUUGGACAAGUCUGACUCGCUCACACCGCUGAGUGAAAUCUCAUCCUCCACGCGUGGACUAAAACCCCUGCGGCUUCCCUUUAACUCAACGCCUGUCGCUUAGAAAAGCAAAACGUCUUGCGGUAUAAGCGCUUCCUGAAACACUCCCAAUACAGUACAGGGACCAGACGAUAACCCUCGAACUUCCUAUUGUCCCAUCGAGGAAGCCGGGGAGAAUGUCAGGCCCUCAGAGUUCAUUUUAACGGAACGCAUACAUCUCCAGCAGACUCCCGAAAUUCUGCAUCCACAUCCCUCGAAACGUCAACUGGAGACCCGUCAUGGAGUUGCUCGGUUUUCUUCUUUGCCUAACUGCCGUUGUCUCAGCCUCACGUCCGACGUGUGAUCCCGUGGAGCUACACGACAAUUCCUGGAUAUACGUCAGGCAGCUGCAACUUGGCUGCUGGACCAGCUUUGUGGGACAGGACAAUGCCGAGGUCCACAUCCUCAAGCUUAACUUUGAUGGCAAGGAUCCCGAUACCAAGAUGUUCUCUCUGGACAUGGCCGACGCCAAGCCCAUGAACCUGAUCAUCACGUCGCAGGACAUGACCUACGGUCUCUGUAAGAUCAACGCCGGCGUCAACAUUUAUAAUGGUAACGCCUCGACACUGAUCGCGCAAACCGAGAAUCGCAGCAGCAACAUCCACGUCGUCGACUUCCCCAGCGCCGACGGGGAGCUGGUGAUGUGGGCCACCCGCAAGUUCGGCGGCGUCACAUCCUUCACCACGGUGGAAACUCUUAAAGAACUGUUCUUCAGAGCCACCGAAGGAACAACAGGCGGUUCUCGGGAAUGCGUGCUUCACAGCGAAGAUCCAUCAGAGAAGCACUUCAUGAAGAUUGAAGCCGCGCCCCUGACGUCUUCAUUCAAGUCGUGCUCCCCGCCGCCGCAGCCGGAGAAACAGCCGCUACGCGGCCCCACCGCCAACAACGAUGACGACACACCGGAGCUUCAUAUCAUCAACAUCCCCGAGGAUGCCAAUAUUCGCAACGUGUCAGUUCGCGUGGACACAAAGAAGUCCAGCGUGUUCCUGAGGGGUCCUCAGGGCACCACGUGGACCUUCCUCAACCUACAGCACACCAAGUUCUGCUCCAACAAUGAGAUUGUGCUGCCUGCCAUAGCCCACAGAAUGCAGCCCAUGGUUCAGUUGAGCAGCGACCAGGCCAAGGAUGUGCAGAGGGAGGCUCUGGAUUAUUUUAAAGCGGACACUUUCACCAGCUACACGGAAAUGAGGCCCGAGGGCUCCCAGUUGUUGCUGGUGCUUGGUCGAGACCGUCCAGUGGCGACAGAAACCGUAACGGAAGCUGUGCUAUCAACCACGGCUGAACCUCAUCAGAUGCCUUUUCUGAUGCAACUCUACACAUCGCCUGAUUACCGUUCACCCCUGGACCCCAAUAGCAAGGUUCAGUGCGACAAGAAAAUCUAUGCUGAGAUUUCGGGCCAUGCCCUGGGCGACAUUGUCCUGACCAUCAAAGUGAUGCGCUGCAUUGUGCGCUCCAAGGACUCCUGCCCCAUCGUACAGGAGCUGCGCUUCAUACCGGAGUUCUGUUCCUCGAAUUUAUGCCCCAACAGCACGCGGCUCAGCUUCUCCUUGGAUCAGCUACAGGAGCUGAGCUCCACCACUUGGGACCUGGAAUGUUCCGUCAAACUGUGCUACAGCGAGAAAUGUGGCUAUGGAGGACGAGUGAAAAGGAACUUGGAGGUCACCCAGCCUUGUCAACAAACACUCAACAAUCCCUGCUUUGAUUUUGGCCUCCCCGCCAUCCUGGGCAUCGCUUUUGGAGGCUUCCUGAUAGGAGUCUUACUAAUUGGUGCGCUGUGGUUCAUCAAAAUUAAAACAGGCUACCCGACCGGAUUGGACAUGGCCUCUUCCCUGUCUUCCGGCUGUCCCUGCUCGGGAGCCAAGCAGCAGCCCAUGUCAUCGAACCCUUCCGCCUCGGAAAAUAGCAGCGCUAACGCGAGCAUCGGAAGCACCCAGAGCACCCCCACCAGCAGCAUGGCGUGAGAUUAGGGUGAGCAGACCACCACUACCGCCAGCAGAGACAGAAUUGCCUGCCCCUCUUAAAGUUAGUUAUGGGUUUCGUUUAUUUCAUUUUUUUCCCCCCGCGAAGCCUACUCUCCCCCCAUCGCCCCUUUUUUUUUCUAACAAUUAAAACUCAACAUAUUUGACAUACAAGCCUGGAAUCGAUGCAAUCGCGCCGUUUGUAUUGUCGGCCGGCGGCGGUGUCUAAUGGAUGGCGUGUGACGCUCACCUCUGCGGUCGCCCUUUAAAGUGCUGCUUCCAGACAGGAAGUUAAAGAGGGCAAGAGGAAAAGAAAAACAAAUUGGCUCCAAGCAACAGGAAAAACAAUCCCUGUCCCCCCCCCCUGAGAGCCAGCAGGAAAUUCACCACAUUCCUCCGCCAAUUGUGACGGUUGCGUUCGCCAGCGCAAUCAAAGUCGGCACGGCGGAAGAUGAAGCUAAACGACAGACUUGGAAAAAGGCUAGCUGGUUGCGUACAAACGGUUAGCGAAACCCUGAAACGGGUAACUGUCUCCAGAUUUCCCCUCGCCGUUUACAUAUUCAAUGCUAAUGACCACGGGCGCCUCCUAGAUGGGAGAUGAAGUGAAAAGACCGACAUUGGAGAGAAAAAAAAAGAAAAGUAUUUGUUCUACCUGCAUCUUAUUGGUUAGCGAUAUUUCCAAUGUGUGUCUAUAGUAGGCUGUUACAGCGAAUUUUUUGCUCAUUAUUAUGCUGUCAUGCUAUUAUAUUUGCUCAUCAUGAGACAGGUGGGGGCGGGGGGAUGAAGCAACCAAUUUAUAAAUAUGUUGUUCUCCUGUGUCUAAACAGUUAGCCAAAUAUUCAAAAUGCUCCCCGAAUUAUUUGUGUCCACGUUUCCCAUCGCACUUCACAACAAAUUUGGCACUCACCGCAAACAGAUCAAGAGCGAUUUGCGAGAAAAUGAAGCGAAAAGUCAAACAUGGAAACGUAUCUAGCUGGCUGCGUCCAAACGGUUAGCGAAAGUUCUUCAACACUACCUGAAAAAGGGACAUGCCUCCGUCCUUUGUCAAGUUUGCCAUGAAGCACAACCUUAUAUUGGCCAAUGAUGAGACAAAAUACUAUAGCUAGCCAAAUCCAAUAAUUUAGCAAAACGUCAUCGUGACAUCAGUCUCCAUGUUUCCCGCCUUCCUUUACAAUAAAUUUGACGUCAACGGCCAGCAGCUCUUGUAUUUGCUUAUCGGGAGACAAGCAAUGUAAUGUCAUGACCGAUUUGAAAGAAAUAAAAUAGCUGCAUCUAAACAAAUGGUAAAACGUCUAAAAACAAUUGCUGACAGACAUGGAAGAAAAAGUGUUGUCGGACUAGCCGUGUUCUAAUGGGUGGCAACAAAUCUAAAACACUUCCUGAAGGACACACACAUAUUUCCUGUUGCCGUUAAUAACAGAUUUGAUGCUAACUGCAAACAGCUCGUUAGCCUAUUAGCCUUUCCGAUGGGAUGAGAUGGGAGAUGAAGCGAAAAGGCAGACGUGGAAAAGAGGGAAAAAAAACCAAGUUGAUCUUGCUAAAACUAUUCCUUGGGGAGAGUAACACUGUUUCCAUAUUUCCCGUCGCCAUCGCUAACAACUCUGAUAUUAGCUUUUCUUGCCCCAAAAAACAACAACAAACAAACAAAAAAAACAAUCGAGAACCACCCACUGAAGGAUUAAUGGUAGCAAUCUGUUUGACAGCGUUAGCAAAUGUAGCAUUUGUCACUUAGCACAACGUUGUCCCAGCGAGGACAGAACAUUGAUGUUGCCUCAAAGUCAGCUGCUGGACAGAAGCUGCAAGUCAUAUUGGUGUAGAUGUAUGUUAAAACUCUUUUCUUUUUUUUUUUUUCGAGUUCGUCGCCUAUUACUGUUACAGUCGUCACAUGAUUUUAAUGUAUUAUACUAUAUUCACAUAAGGGAUGUAAGCAGUCAUUUCCCGCUGGUUUUUAUCAAGAAUCCACUCUCCCUAAUCUGUAAACUGUACAGUGGUUUCCAUAGCAACACAUCAUUGUUGCACUGUUUUCACCCCCUCUCAAAAAAGAAACGUUGCUGUUUUUUCUGAAAAGCAGCAAUUUUUUUUCUCCCUCCAAAUUUGCAGUCGUACACGAGAAAGGUCAAAUAUGUUGUUUUGGGGAAAGUUGUUGUGCGGCAAAAUUAAAAAGUCUGUUUUAUGGAAAAAAAAGAUAAAUCAUCAUAUCUUUUAAAAAAUAAGUCAUACUUAUUUCUCCUAAGAAACUUGCAAGUGUUUUUUUUUUUGGGUGGGGGAAGAAAAGUUUUCCCUACAAAACAGUCUUAGGUGUUGUUCCAGAUAACAAAGACAACUUUUUUUAACAGGCAUAUUGCUUGGAUAAUAGUCAUGUUUUUUUUUUUU